AUUGCUGGAAUAUUGCUGAGUGGCGUAAAACCCAAAGCACUCACUCCUAGUCCAAGAUAAUGAUAUUAUAGUUUAAUAUUGAAACAGGUAUGUAAGACUUUCAUGUAUCCUAGGUGUCCUAUUAGUGUCAUUACCAAAUCUACAUGUAAAGAUGUGUAAAAUGAAGCAUUAGAAAAUUAGAAAUUAAAGUGCUAACUGUCAUAACUACUAUCACAGAACAACAAUCAGCAUAAGAAUUUAUCUACACCUGCUCAGAGGCCAAGAUUUGAUGACAAAUCUGCAGCACUUCUGUCUGUCAAAACCAAAAGAGGAAUUUCCCAAUUCAUGAUAAUUAACUAUUAACCUUGUCUGACAGAAUGAAUCACACGGGCAUGUCAUCUACAGUGCAUGGCACUAUAGCAGGAAAUGUGACCAUGACUUCUCAGAUCAAUUCAAUGAUGGACGAUGACUUGAGCGAGCCUAGCUCACCAGAGAGUGGCUUUGAUACCUCUGACUUCCUUCAAGGGACAGUGACUGAUGAUGUGACUGCCCAGCUUGCAGCUGCAGGGCCCGUUGGGAUUGCUGCUGCUGCUGCAAUAGCCACUGGCAAAAAGAAGGGUCAUCCCCAUCAGUUCGAAACAAACCCUUCCCGGCGCGAGCGUCAGCAGACAAGGCUGCUAAGGAAGCUGAAGAGCACUAUAGAAGAAUACACAACCCGUGUCGGGCAGCAGGCUGUUGUGUUGUGUUGUACACCGGGAAAGCCAAGCCAGACAGGAUCAUCCUUCAAAGUGUUUGGCUCUCAGCCCUUGGAGAGUGUGAUCCGGAACUGUCGGGGGAUGGUCAUCCAGGAGCUGGAGACAUCCCUGCAGGACCAGGCACCUCAGUCACAGUGUGAUAACUCCCACCUACAUGAGCUGCCUCUGCUCGUCAUCGAUGGCAUCCCAACACAGGUCGACAAAAUGACACAAGCACAGUUGCGUAACUUCAUCCCUGAGAUGUUGAAGUACUCGACUGGCCGCAGUAAACCUGGCUGGGGAAAACCUGAGUGUCGACCUGUAUGGUGGCCUAGCGACCUCCCAUGGGCCAACGUUAGGAGUGAUGCACGUAGUGAUGACGAAAAGAAAAGGGUUUCUUGGACUGAAGCCCUCCGUACCAUUGUGAAAAAUUGUUACAAACAUCAUGGUCGUGAAGACUUGCUUCAUGUUUUCAAUGACGAUGGAACGACACAGGCCCAGGCACAGACCCACGCUGCCUCGCACUACCAGGGCACUAUGGUACAGACUAUCAACAACCCAGAUGGAACUGUGUCUAUCAUCCACAUUGACACUGGACCCACAGGCAAUUCAGUUGUCACUCUACCUGAUGGAACUCAAGCUACAGUUGUACACGCAGUUACUGCACAGCAACUACAUGACAACCACCAGCAGGAAGCAACUCAGGCAGUGCAGACCCUGGCAGAGGUUGCUGCCAAUCACCAGGAGGUUGGUCAACUAGUUACCCCGGUCAGUGUGGAGAUGGCUGAUAACACAGCCACCGUCACUACACUUACUGGCGCCUCAAUCAACUCAAGUGGACAGAUUAUAUUCACAGGAGAUGGGUCUCUAGGAGGAAUUGUGACCAUACCAGCAUCAGUGUAUCAUACGGUGGCUUCCAGCAUGGGAACUAUAGGAGAUAACCCCAAUGUGCAGAUUGCCAUGGCUCCCCUGACCCAACUGAAGACAGAGGUGCCUGAUGCCACACAGGCUGUGGAAGUGACAUCAAUAGACCAGGGACAAAACUCAUGACAUCAGUUUGCUUGAUGUAGUCACCUUUGCUCCACACAGCUAGCUAUUUCUGCCCAUACAAUCCCACAUUACGCACCUGCAGAACACUGAUUGUACCAUACAUUGAAUAUCAAGAAACAGUAGACUAUAUGUGACUUAUCUUAUUGCAGUACACACCAUUAACAUAAUGUAUUCAUAUAUUGUUAACAUUGAAGUGAUCAACCUGUUUGAAGUAUGCUGCUUGUUAAAAUAUAUGAUUUUUUUCCUACAGUACAUCAUACAGCAGGCAUGACCUUGCUCUUCCAAGUUCUGAUUUUUUUUAUUGGUUACCAAUGUAUCAGAGAUCAUGAUAUUUUUAAUGCACUGUAGGGUUGCAGCCCCAAACACAACCCCAGAAAUCCGAGUCUUCUAAGUUCCAAAGAAGAUGAAGCUGUACAUAGUUUGCUGCAACUGUCUUCUAGUCCCAUGCCACUAGUGCUCUGUAUCUGUGAUGUAAACUCAUGUCAAAAUGUGAUACAUUCACUAUCCUCAGGCAUAUUUCAAAACAGUUAGCAAUUAGACUCAUGGUAACAUCCCUUAUGAAUGUAAAAUUAGAAAAGUCAUGUACUGUAAAAACAUUAUCUUUAGUGAUAUUGUUUUUUUAAUCGUGCUGAAAAAUAGAAAUUGAUUACUACUUACCAAUACAUACACAAAGAGUAUUUAAUAUCAUUACCUCAACUAUUCAUUGAUAGUACUCGUGUUAUGUUUUUAGCCACCUGGUUCGAUUGCUUGGCCCUGUUUCACUAAGUCAUCUCAGGGCUGUGUGACAAUCAUAACAAUAGGAAUUAUCAUAUGUCAGUCUGUGGGCAGAACCUAGGAUUUGCUGGCACAAACUUGAUUAAGUGUAGCUUUUUUUGGAUAGUUAGAGCACCAUUCGAGCCUUCACAAACUUGUACAACAUAUCAGUCUAAUGAUGUAGAGGAGCCUUCUUUAGGGGUCUUCACUUUCUAACCGUUUGCACCUUGAAUCAAGUUGGACUUCACCACAAACUGGUGGUUGGGAGGUAGAUAGAUUUUAUGACCAAAAUUGCAAGCCUUGCUCUUUGCCACACCUGUUUCAACAUUAGCAUGUUUAAUUUGAUUUACAUGUGGUUUAUGUGUAAUGUCAGUAUCUAGAUUUGAUGUGAGCCAUUUCUUUAAAGAAAUAUGUUGGUAUAAUUUCUGAACAAUAAUUUCAGAGAAUGCAUCCAUCAGCAAUGAUUCUUCUUUCAAUGUAGUGCGAGUCAUGAAGCAGAUAGUAUUAUCUCAGGCUGUUGUAUAGAAACCUGGACUAAUUGAUUAUUUCUGAAUCGAAGUACAUGAAUUGAGCAAAAGUUUAUGUAUAUAGUAGUAUAUGUAAAUCCAUGUAUUUUUGUUUGUAUUGUAAAUUCUAAUGUUCAUCUUUUUGUGCCAAAGGCGUGUUAGAUGUUUGUAUAUAUUUGUACAAUACUAGCAGUGUAAAUACCAUUGUUAUUACCUAUGACAAAAUUAAUUUAUUGUGCUGAAUCUCAAUUACAUGUAUUGUCUAAAACCUGCACUUAUCGUCACUCCUGUAUUGUUUCAUCCAGAUGUCUUUAUCCUUUGUUUGGAAUAAGUCUUUAUUCUAAAUAAACUGUUUUACUAUUACUGUUA